AUGAGCGUGCCAAUGAUCCCUAGGAAAGAGAUUGCGAGGAAAGAGCUACCGAGGGGCGGGGUAGAAGAACCUCCAUCAGCGCAUCUAAAAGAAGUUGGAGUGACCGGCACUGCAUCAACAUGGGAUGUGCCUAAGGAAGGUCAAAGCAAGAGAAGACACAUGCACUUCGGUGCUGGCGCAGGGUGGGCAUUAUCAGACCGCUUCGACCGCGCACUUCCGCCACACAGACGAUAUCUUGGCCGCAGUCGCCGGACUCUUAUUGUUGCAGUCAUUGUUGCCUUCGUCUGCCUAUUGGCUCUGAUUAUCGGGCUAGCAGUAGGGUUGUCGGGCAAGUCAAAGACCCAAAAUCUGCCGCUACCCAAUAACACUGACCAUCACACUGGUGAUCUGACCUACUAUGGCCCCGGCCUGGGCGCGUGCGGCGUCGAUUCUAACGACAACGAUGCCAUUGUCUCUGUAUCGCAUUUCGUUUUUGACGCGGUGCAGACCGGUAGUGAUCCAAACCAGAAUCCACUGUGCGGACGUAAGAUCCGUGCUACGAGAGUUGACGAACGGACAGGCAAGCAGGUGAGCAUUGAUGUGAAAGUCGUUGACAGAUGUACUGGGUGUGAGCCCACCGAUCUAGAUGUCAGCCCUGCAAUGUUCGACAAGCUGGCAGACCAUGCCUUGGGUCGAGUAACGAUGACUUGGGCCUGGCUACCUUGA